UCACACAUAGAAAGAUAUGAAAUGAUUUGCAGUCACAAUACUUUUUCCUUCAUGAUCAUUAUAACAGCAAUAACAUUAGUGCUAAUACCGCUGCUUGGGAAUGCCCAGAAAAUCCCUACCAUUGGAUGUCCCUUCAAACUAUCUUGUAACCAUAACAACAAGAUUCUUGAACUACCUGCUUAUCCAGUCCCUAUAAAACUCCUCAUAAGUCACAUUAACUACACAUCGCAAGUAUUAGAAGCACGUGAUCCUGAAAAUUGUCUUCCACGACUCUUACUUCUUCACUCCAAUUUCACUUCAUCAAUAUUUCCUUUUCGGAUUAUUUAUGAAUUUAACAAUAUUAGUUUCUUUGAUUGUUCUUCACUAGGACAACGCUAUCUAAACAGGAUAUACAAACUGCAGGGAGCUGAGCAGCAGGACAUGAUUUCUUGUCCAAUUUAUAUGGCAGCAUUUGACAACGAUAUAGUUAAAUUUAAACCUUGUAUCCUGUACCAAAUUAUCUCAACGAGUUUCACCCCUCGUGUAUCCUGCGAUACGACAAAACUCGAUCUCAUUGUCAUGGUCGAAAACAAACUUUGACAAAGGAUGCUUAAAAUGCAGCAAUAAAUCAAAGAAGAUUAUUUUAUCCUCCGGAGGUGCAAUCAUUGGCUCUACUGUGCUUGUUCUUGUAUUUGGUUUUAUUUUUAAAAUAUAUCACUAUUUUAAGAUGAAAAGUGAAGAUCAUACAAGAAUUGAAAACUUUUUGAAGGAUUACAGGGCUUUAAAGCCAACUAGGUUCUCUUAUGCAGACAUAAAGAGAAUUACAAAUAAAUUUGAAGAUAAGAUAGGCGAAGGGACUCAUGGAGCUGUUUAUAAAGGUAAAUUAUCGAACCAAAUUCUAGUAGCCGUGAAGAUUCUUAAUAAUGCAGAGGAAGAUGGGAAGGAAUUCAUAAAUGAAGUGGGAACCAUGGGCAAGAUUCAUCAUCUAAAUGUCGUUCGUUUGCUUGGCUACUGCGCGGAUGGAUUUCGCCGUGCUUUAGUCUAUGACUUUUUCCCAAAUGGUUCGUUGCAGAAAUUCAUUUCUUCCCCAAACAACAAAGAUGAUUUCCUUGGAUGGGAUAAGUUGCAAAAAAUUGCUCUAGGUAUAGCCAAUGGCAUUGAGUAUCUCCACCAAGGUUGUGAUCAAAGAAUUCUACACUUUGACAUCAAUCCUAAUAAUGUCUUGUUAGAUGACAAUUUCAUUCCCCAAAUUACAGAUUUUGGUUUGGCCAAGAUGUGUUCGAAAAAUCAAAGUAUUGUAUCCAUGACUGCGGCUAAGGGAACAGUAGGCUACAUGGCACCUGAAGUUUUUUCUAGAAAUUUUGGAAAUGUCUCUUAUAAGUCCGAUGUAUACAGUUACGGUAUGUUAUUGUUGGAGAUGGUUGGAGGAAGAAAGAAUACAAAAACAACAGGUGGUGAAGAAAAUAUACAAAUUGAGUAUCCAGACUGGAUCCACAAUUUGCUUGAAGGAGGAGAUAUACAAAUCCCUAUUGAUGAAGAGGGAGAUUUUAGAAUUCCAAAAAAAUUGGCAACUGUGGGACUAUGGUGUAUCCAAUGGCACCCUUUGCAUCGUCCGGCAAUGAAAUUUGUGAUACAAAUACUUCAAGGAGAGGGGGACAUGUUAAAAGUACCAACUAAUCCUUUCGGGCCAACAACUACAACUUAUACAAAUGCUAAUAUUGUUCCAGAACGCAUGAAUUUAGAGCUGGAGGUGAUUGAAGAACUAGAAUAGAUACAUAUUAGUUAUACAUACUUAUUGAAUAAUUGUUCAUUGUCAAUGACUUUGUUACUUUUUAACAAAGUGUUAUAUCUGUGAGCACACAUUUUAUUACUUUAAAAGUCUAAAAUUUUAUGAGAGCAA